AUGGAUCGUAAUUGCUCAUCCCUCCAUAACAGUGGGACAAACAUCAGCGAUUGUUUUGACCAAGUUCAAGCCGGAGAAACAGACUCUACGAUAUGUACACUUGAGCGAUAUUUUGUACCGUUUAUUGCAGUUAUCGGGGUAUUAGGAAAUCUUUUGGCAUUAACAGUAUUUUUACGGAAAUCGAUGAGAAACAAUUCGUCCAGUUUUUUUCUGGCCGUGCGUUGCUUGUCGGACGCGGGCUUUUUGUUGGUGCUCAUGGUGAUUUGGGUAUCGACGGUGUUUGAACUGUACUUGAGCAAAGUGUUGUUUGUGUGCAAAGCUUUAAUAUUUUUGACCUACGUAUUUGGGUGCUUAUCUGUGUGGCUUGUAAUCUUUGUUACAGCAGAGAACUAUACACGAAUUUGCAAGCCUUUCCUUGUACACAGACUGUGUAAGACCCUUUAUGCAAAAAAUAUCUUUUUUGUAAUUUUAGUGGUUAUCAUUAGCAGCUACAGUUUUCCAUUUUGGGCAAUGACAGAUAAUUGCGUGCCUUUCGCAGCUCAUUAUGAGUUCGUUACAAUAAUGGUGUAUAUUGAUUCGGUGCUGACCCUGUUCUUACCGAUUAUUUUAAUUGCUAUACUUAUGGCUGCGAUUGUCACAUCGACAAUUCAAGCACGUAAAAGGCGACGAAGGCUUAGUCGGUCAAAAAUGAGGAAAACCAUGAACCCAACUAAGAAAGUUACGACGAUGCUCUUCGCUGUCACCGUUACAUUUAUAGUUUUGAACAUUCCAUCGCAUAGCGUUCGGCUUUGGUUAAUGGUGUCCACAUUUCUUGAACAUGACAAUGUAGGGACAUCGGCUGUUUCAAUUAGUCAGACCAUAUCAUCCCUGUUGUACUACCUGUCGAUGUCUAUCAAUGUGAUCAUUUACUAUAUUUUCGGAAGCAAGUUCCGGAGAACACUUAAUGGACUUUUCCUACCAAAAGAAUUAAGCGAACAUUCAUCGACAAGGUCAGAUGGUUCCACUGCCCGUGAAACCUUGAGGAAAGUUUCUAUGCCUCUCCUCGGUGAGAUCAACUAUGCAGCGAACAACGACAGUUUCUGUUUGGGACACACAAUGACGCCAACCAAAAGCUCUUAUUUGUGA